CUGAGGUCUCCCCGUUGUCAUCGUCCCUUUCCAACCCUCGGCUGAUAGAAAGCUCCCUGUAAAGCAGCAAUAAGGAUGGACCAGUUGAAAGAUGAUCCCAUUGCUGGAACCAGUGAUGAAAAGCCAAAGAUCAAAGAAGAAGUUAACAAUGAAUAUGAUUUUCCCGAAAAAAAUCCAACAAGUUGCAAGGAUGCAAGCGAAGAAAAACGAACAUUCCUGGUGACAUUAAAUAGAGAUGAGAGGAAGCAUGAAGUGAGAGGCAGACUUACCGACAGUCUGAUUAGUGCCCUCAAGUCUAGUACAUAUAUUUGUGACUGGAUGGAGAGAAAAAAGGGGGUAGAGUUCCACUUAAUAGAGAAGAAAGAGCCUUGGAAUGUCUGUGUCAAUAUGGGAAUGCCUUUAAAGUAUGUACCUGAUCGCUCACAAUUUGAAUUGAAGUCCUACAAUGCAACUAAUGAAAGGUGGUAUCGCCAAUAUGAUGAUGUAAAAGACGAAUGUAUAGUGUUCUGUGUCCAUAAAAUAGUUUCUAGAAUGAAAAGCCGUAGAGCACAGAGAAUUAGGUUAAUCAAAAACCGCGACCUACUUAAAGAAUAUUGCAUACUUUGUAUCUGUGCCCCUAAAGGAGAAUCCAUAAAAGAUGCCAUGUGCAAUGAUGGCCGCUUUCUGCCAUUCCUGAAAGAAGAGAAUUGGACUCUGGAGGACGGUGCAACAAUCAUAGAUAACAAUUUUCCAGUUGACAACUUAUCAGGUCAGGUUUAUAAUAUUGGGGUGGAGCCUAAGCCAGAGCCGGAUUGUGAGAUGGGACAGGUCAGCGCUAAAAGACAAAAGCUGCAGGACUCUGAAUUGGGGGUCCUACACUUGUAUCCUAAGCUGAAGGAAGAAAGAGAAAACAUUGCCAAAUUUUUGAGAUAUAAAAAGGAUAAACUUGAAGCUUAUAAAAGAAACUAUGGCAAGGAGAUGAAUGGCUCUCUUUCCUGCAAGUUGGUUAGGAUUCUUGCUAAAAAUAUGGAUUCAGUUGGAUUUAUAGGGAGGAGAAUCUCAGGAUACUUUCAAUGGGUUGGAACUUGCUUCGUUCUCCAUGGUAGAUAUAUAUUAACGUGUCACCAUGUAAUAAGGAAGAUAGUUGGAGAAGGAAUUGAAGCAAAGGACUGGGGAAAUAGAAUUAAGCAGUUGGCCCGUGUAACUUUCUCUUAUGAAGAACUUCAUCGUAUGGAAACAUGGUUCUCAUUGGAGAACUGGUUUGAAAUAGCAGAUGAGGAUCUUGAUUUUGCUGUGCUGAAAUUGGAAGAAAAUGGAAGUAAUAGUCAUCCUCCACCAGGACUGUUGCAUUUAAAUUCCCCACCACCACCAAAUGGUCCCAUUUUUAUCAUAGGUCACCCAAAAGCAGGAGUCAAGUCUAUAGAUGUUUGUCUUGUUGUCAGUGUACCUGAACGUGACAAGGCAAUUGGGGAUCAUUUGCAGAAAUGCCUGAAAAUUGAACAUUGUAUCUGUGUGUGUGGUUACAGGCCAGAGAAAUCCAUCCAUAGGUAUAAUCCAGAAUAUUUUGUGUUAGAUACAAGUAAUGCUAAUGUUGUCACUUAUGAUGCCUGUUUUUUCGAGGGGUCAUCGGGUUCACCGGUGUUUAACAAACAUGGGCAGCUUGUUGCUUUGCACGCUGCUGGACUUGCUUAUGAAAUGAAAGACAAAGACUGCAGCAUAAUUGAAUGGGGCUAUUCAAUUGACUCAAUUAUUUUAAAAAUUAAAUCCACAUUUAAAUCUUGGCAUGAUGCUAUAAUUGCUCCUGAUGCAAGGGAAGAUAGCUCACAUGUGGAUGCAUUUGUGAGUGAGGCAGGGGAGGAAAUGAAUUGUCAUUAAUAUUAUAUUGUUAAAAUUCAGGCCACUUCUCCAAAAAAUGAAAUUGCUUGAGGAAAAGUUAUCUGCAAAGGUUCUGCUUUCUUUAGAUUUAUAACAGUUUGUGACAGAUACAGUAUAUUUAUUUUCAAAUAUACAGGCUGAACAUUGCU